AUGGAAGAUCAUCAUUUUGCAUGGAUUCUAUGGUAUAUAUGGAAAGGAAUGAACAAUAAUGUAUUUAGUAAUUUGGAUAUUGAUACUCGAGAUACCCUUAAGUUGGCAGAAACAGAGUCGGUGCUCUGGGCCGAGGCGCAAAUUGCCCAUACACAGCGAGCUGCUCAGGCAAUAUCGGUAGUGAAUGCGACAAUACCAACUAUUCCUGGUAGGUGGUGUUAUACAGAUGGAUCAUGGAAAGAAAAUGAUAGAUACUCGGGACAAGGGUGGUACAGUACUUUGGAAGGUUUUGCUGGUUUGAUGGGAGCGAGGAACACUAGAAUGAGUCAAUCACCCCUUCAUUCGGAAAUAGAGGCACUUAGUUGGGGGAUAAAAUGUAUGAGGAAUUUAAGACACUUUACAGUUACUUUUGCGACAGAUUGUUCUCAAUUGGUGAAGAUGGUUUCUAAACCUGAAGAAUGA